CUAUGAUUUCCACAUUACCUUUGUUUAUUACUUUAAGUUGAUGGUUAAUUCAAAUUAAUUGAUUUUCUUAUAAUGAACGUGAAUAAGAAAAGACUACUUAAAGAAGAUUUGGAAAAAUCUUGCCAGGAUUUAGCUUUAUUUUUACUAGGAAAAAUUUUGGUUCGUAAAAUUGACAAUGAUACUAUUUUAAAAGGACGAAUUGUAGAAACUGAAAGUUACUUAGGAGGUGAAGAUAAAGCAUCACACUCUUACAAUGGCAGGCGAUCGGAGGCAAAUGAGCCUAUGUAUAUGCCCGCUGGAACUUGUUAUGUUUAUAUGACCUAUGGAAUGUACCAUUGUUUUAAUAUUUCAAGUUUGGAACCAGGUGCAGCAGUUUUAUUGAGAGCAUUAGAGCCUGUUUGUGGUUUAGAUGUUAUGGAAAAAUUUAGAGCUGCAAAAUCAAAAUCUCCUAAAUCAUUUAAACCUCUUAAGUUAUGCGAUGGUCCUUCAAAAUUAUGCAUUGCCUUGAAUAUAACUAAAGAUAUUAACAAACUGGACUUGACAGAUCAAAAAAAUGAUGUAUUGUGGCUGGAGGUUGACCCUGCAUUUAAUGAAGAUUUCAAAGUGAUUCAUUCGGCAAGAAUAGGAAUUAAUAGGGCCGAAGAAUGGAACACAAAACCACUGAGAUUUUAUAUUUUGAAUCAUGAGAGUGUUAGCAAACGGGAUAAAGCUGCAGAACAGAAAUAUAAACAAGCUACUUAAGUUUUUGUACUUCAUAUUUGAGAUUAAAGAAUAAAGAAUUUUAUAGUCUCUAGCUACUGAAAAGUAGGUUAAAUAAAAA